AUGGAAUGCUUUUUCCAGUCAAACAAUCGUUAUGCGGAUGUCGUUCUACUUGGAAUUGUCACUAAUGUUGUGGCAAAUGACUGUGAAUACAUUGGCUAUGUCUGGACGCGAGACAGUCUUGAAACAGGUAUUCUUCACCUCGGCUGCGAUCCCUAUGAGCGGUUAAAAUUCGGUCCUGGCCAUUGGAUCGAAAUUAACAUGCCGUGA